UGAGCUGCUGACGUACGCACGGACGGCGGGUGAGUCAAACCUGCGUCAGACUUCGUCGUGACUUGCCAUAGUAAUUUCUGCGUUCUGUGGGCGGCGGAUUUAUCCCACAACACAACCACAGCCACGUGGAAACCAGAGGUGUGAGCGGGUCCUGUGACGGGUCGUUAAAAACGCCAUUACCUGCAACGGUGAAUGUUACUGUAACGUGUGGCAGACUCUCAGCUCCUGCGUCAGACUUUACGCACCAUGCGCCCUGGUGCGGUGUGAUUUCGCGUCUCUUUGCGCGCAGAUAUGUUGGAGCCUGAGCCUGAAUGAAGACACCGUGCACUCUUCUCUGGAUUCACCCCGUCACGCUCACUCUGACGUUACAGCCCAUCCUGCAAACGACACACGAUUCAAGAUAAAAGCACAACUUUCUCUCCCCGGCACCUUCCCAUCUUCCUGCACCUCCUGAUCUCACGCUCUGCUCUCCUUGCUGCUGACACCUUCACCCCUCUGAAAGACCUCCUGGGCUGCUGCCAUGCCAAAGAACACCAAGGUGACCCAGCGGGAGCACAGCAAUGAGCCCGUCACUGAGUCUGUGGCCGACCUGCUGUCCCUGGAGCACCCCAUGGACUAUAAGAGCAGUCAGAUGAGUAUGGGCCUGAGCCCUGGCUCGACUGCUCCUGUAAAGGCCCUGCUGCCCUCCCCUGACCCAGACGCUGAGGACGGCCGGCCGGCCUGGAACAACAAGCUCCAGUACAUCCUGGCCCAGGUUGGCUUCUCUGUGGGCUUGGGUAACGUCUGGAGGUUUCCCUAUCUGUGCCAGAAGAACGGUGGAGGUGCCUACUUGGUUCCCUACUCUAUUCUCCUCCUGCUCAUCGGCAUCCCCUUGUUCUUCCUGGAGCUGGCGGUGGGUCAGAGGAUCAGGCGCGGCAGCAUCGGAGUGUGGAACUAUGUCUACCCGCAGCUGGGAGGCAUCGGAGUUUCCAGCCUGAUGGUUUGCGGUUUUGUGGGCCUUUAUUAUAACGUGAUUAUCGGCUGGAGCAUCUUCUAUUUCGUCCAGUCCUUCCAGUUUCCACUGCCUUGGGCUGAGUGCCCCAUCCUGAUAAAUGGAACCCAAGCCAUUGUGGAGCCAGAGUGUGAGAAGAGCUCAGCCACCACUUACUUCUGGUACCGCCAGACUCUCAACAUAACCAGCUCCAUCGACGACACCGGUGGCCUGAACUGGAAGAUGACCCUGUCCCUGCUGGUGGCCUGGAUCUUGGUCUGCCUGGCUGUCAUCAAGGGCAUCCAGUCCUCUGGGAAGGUGAUGUACUUCAGCUCCCUGUUCCCGUACGUGGUGCUCUUCUGUUUCCUGGUACGAGGUUUGAUGCUGAAAGGAGCAGUGGACGGCAUCGCUCACAUGUUCACCCCCAAGCUGGAAAAGAUGUUGGAGCCGCAGGUGUGGAGAGAAGCAGCCACUCAGGUCUUCUUCGCCCUCGGUCUGGGCUUUGGAGGCGUCAUCGCUUUCUCCAGCUACAACAAGCGAGACAACAACUGCCACUUCGAUGCCUUGCUGGUCUCCAUCAUCAACUUUGUUACGUCCAUCCUGGCCACUUUAGUCGUGUUUGCUGUGCUGGGCUUCAAGGCGAACGUAAUGAACGAGAAGUGUGUCGUCGAGAAUGCAGAGAGGAUCCUGGGCUUCCUAAGCACCGAUGUGCUGAGCAAAGAGCUCAUCCCACCUCACAUCAACUUCUCCCAUCUGUCUGCCCAGGACUACGAAGAGAUGUACGGCGUCAUUAAGACGGUAAAGGAGGACAGCUUCGACCAGCUGGGCCUGGACGCCUGCCUCCUGGAGGACGAACUCAACAAGGCUGUUCAGGGCACAGGCCUGGCAUUCAUUGCCUUCACAGAGGCCAUGACACAUUUCCCCGCCAGUCCCUUCUGGUCCGUCAUGUUCUUCUUCAUGCUAAUCAACUUGGGGUUAGGAAGCAUGAUCGGCACCAUGACCGGCAUCACCACGCCCAUACUGGAUGCCUUCAAGAUCCGCAAGGAGAUCCUGUGUGUGGCCUGCUGUGUCAUAGCCUUCCUGUUAGGCCUGCUGUUUGUGCAGCGUUCAGGGAACUACUUUGUCACCAUGUUUGACGACUACUCAGCUGGUUUGCCUCUCACUGUGGUGGUGAUCCUGGAGAACAUCUCUGUAGCCUGGAUCUAUGGCACUAAGAGGUUCAUGCAGGACCUGGAGGACAUGCUUGGUUUCAGGCCCUACUCUUUCUAUUACUACAUGUGGAGGUACGUUUCUCCAGCUAUCUUGGUGUUGCUCAUCAUCUCCACUGUCAUUGAGAUGGCUGUGAGUCCUGCAGGAUACAACGCCUGGGUGGAGGCCGAGGGCGCAGAGCGUUUCCAUAGCUACCCCCCCUGGGCUUUAGCCAUGGCCUACGCCCUCAUUUUUGCGGCCAUGCUGCCUUUACCCGUCGUCUUCCUCGUCCGCCACUUCAACCUGAUCUCAGACGGCUCCAACAAGCUGUCUGUCUCCUACCGUAAAGGCAUGAUGAAGGAGAUCUCCAACCUGGAAGAGCAGGACGAGCAGCGCUUCAUCCUCAGCAAGAACCCCAGCGAGGCUCCCUCCCCGAUGCCCGCCCACCGUGCCCAACUGGGCCCUGGCGGCACUCAGGAGAUGACCAACACCAACUACGGCACCAGCACCAAGACGGGCUACCAGAACAUCGGCUCGCCGGAGUCUGAGCUAUGAUCCACUGAGCUUGUUGAUCCUCCCGCCAGUUAAACCCCCGGCCCUGCUUCGAGAGAGGGAGUCAGAGGAAGAGAGGGAGGAGCAGAGGAAGUCAAGAAGGAGAGAAAAUUCACUGCCAGUUGUUGCAGCGUUCAUCACACCUUAACCCCCAGAGCUGAAUCCCACUGUCCCCCCUUCUCUGGUCCUAUGGUUCUUCCCCAUCAAAGGAUUCAUGCUGCUGAUUGCCCAUCGACCCCGGCUGAGAUGAAGGGAUCAUGGGAAUGUGAGUCUCACCAGAUAUGAUGAGCUAUUUCAUCUGUCAAGAUAUUACAGGGGCAGAGAGAGGGGGAUAGAGGGGGCAACAGACGGAGGAAUGAAGCUUACAUACAGGCUUUGUUUUGUAAUAAGCUCUGGCCGAGGUUAAGGUGUGUGCAACACCAGAUGAUUAAUGUUAUACUGAAAUGUAAUCCCACGUGUUUACCUGUCUGGAGAAGGCUCUUUUUUGAGACAGCUGGAUGUCCGUAGCUCUGGGAGGUCAUCAUCUUACUCCGGUUCGGCUGUAGAGGAUUGUUAUUUGUGGGGACAGGGUGGAAGAAGACUCCGAAAACGAAACACACUCAUCUUUGUCCUAAUCUCUAUCGCUGUAUGGGAACGUCUCUCAUGUACAGUGUAUGACAAAAUGAUUCCAUCGCAUCCAUAGCAGUGUGUAAUAAGUGAUUCUGAUCGUGUACACAGUGUUACAAGCACAUUAGUAUAUCUUCACGUUUAUUGUGCCUAUCAUGCAUCAGCAAUAAUGACCAGUCAAAGUAGGGUCCUCGUGAAGCUGGGGAUCUCCUUCUAUUCCCCUUUUCCCCACCGGUGUAGAAUACUAUACAUAUGUGUCGUGCAGUAGUCUGAGAUGUCACCGUAAAUCGUGUAUAUACACCACUGUAGUGCAAAACCAGCGGAAACUAUUCGCGUCCUCAUUUAUUUUCCAUCAACACUGAAGCACAGACGCCCCCUAUCGUUAGAGCAUCUCUGCGCUUGAACACAGAGACGCACUUUUCUUUUUAAACAAUCUCCUCCUCGAUAAAAACAAGGCUCUGCACACAUCCUCUCUGUGCCGCUCCAGUUGCAGCUGGGUCAGACAAAGCUUUUCCAUUUGAAUCAAUCACUUUAAUCAAGCGAUUCCAUUUUUAAUCAAUGCCUUAGAAGGACAGAGGUGACGGUGCACAGGUAGAGAUAAGCAGAGCGGCUUAGAGAGGCAGACACAGAAGGAAUAGGUUAUGUGAGUUUUGUCUUUGUGCGCAGGCAGAUGUGCAUGUUAGUGUGUUGUCGUCCACCGCUGAACGAGAGCUCCCGGUGACCCUGCCUGGUUAAAAAUAGAGUUGUGUUACCCGGGGGAUGCCGUGGCAACGCACCAUAGAUACGGAUCCUCUUCUGAUGUGGAGGAGAAAGAGAAGAGUUGGCACCUUGCUUUGUCUGCUCCACCUGCACAUCUGUUUGUUCAGCAAUACAGGGAUGAGACAUUUUACUGUCCAUGUCCUUCAAUGAUAUUAAUGCUACAGUGCAUUUAACAAGAGGUUCACUGCCACGCUGUGGACCAAUCCCAUCUCCUCCCUGAGAGGUUGAUGUCUCGGGCCUAAUUGUUGUACAUUCCUCAAUGACGUCAUUUCAUAAGCACUACGAUAUACACUUUGAUGUCUUUUUUGUGGAAAACUUAAAGCUCUUUAUUUUGUAAUGUAUAAUAUUGUAUGACAAUGUAUGUGGAAGGGUGUGAUGUGAAAAAUGUACCAUGAUGUAAAUGUUUGGAAUAAUAAUGUUUGGUCCUCACCACUGGGUGUCUCUGAUGGCCAGCAGGGGGAGCCAGUGACACGCGGUCUCCUGUGGCCCCUCCCUGAGACAACACAGAUACUUGAGACUGAACAGAUGUAGUGUGAAGCACAGUCACAUUGUUUUGGUGCCUGAGCAGCAUCUCCGUCGUCUGUAUCGCCUUAUGCUUUUCUCUUCUUCCUUUCUCUUGAUCCCGCGUUACUGUCGACAUCUCGUUCACUUGAGCACUUUAAUUAGUCAGAGACCCUGGAGUUGUUUGUGAAGCACAAAUCUGGCAAAAAAGGCUCUGUGGAGGUUAAACAUUUAUCAUUCCAAUACCAUCACUGAAUAGAUAAGCAAUAUUUAUACAUAUUCAGUAAAUACAGCAUGUACUGUGUAUAUACAAGAGACACAAGUCACUGUCUAAUGUAUCUUAUCCUAGAGGAUAUUAUUAGUGUAUUAGGUACAGUAAAAGCACAAGAGUUGCUGAUUAGAUUAAAGUGGCCUCUGUUCAGUUGUAGUGUCCCAGUCAGACAUGACAGUGUGAGCCAGCUUGCAGAAAACAAGGAUCCUGAAACUGAAGAAGUCGUUAUUUCAAUAUAUUUAUUUAUACAUGUUAAUACAAAACACCGAUAUGGUCAUAAGGGGCUAUAAUCUGGCUUUUAAUGAUUUUGAAAACAUGUGUUGGUUGAUGCUUCCAUUCCUUUGGUUGGUACUGUCGUCACUCUGUGUGCUGACCCAGGCCUGUGAGCUGUAACAGGCAGUUAAUCCUAGCGCUUCACAGUCAGAAGGUUGCUGGUUUGAAUCUCAGUUAGACCAGGGUGGAGUUGACACCUUCUUCCCAUGUCUGCAUGGGUUUUCUCCAGUUAUUCUGGCUUCCUCCCACAGUCCAACAACAUGCGGAUUUCAGUUAGGUUAUUUGGACACUGUUAAUCAGCCACUGCUUUGAGAGUGAAUGUUUCUGUUUUUCUAAUGACAAGCUGGCGACCUGUCAGCAGCACAGAUAAUGGAUGGAGGGUUGGUCUCCAUUUUGAAGGAGUUAGGACCUUACAAAUGAGUAUGUGCACAACUGUUAAUGUUAAUCUUCUGUGAUAAUAUACUGGAUGUUUAAUGGCCAAUCGACUUGUGGCCUCAGGUGAAGGCUCUCACCUGUGUAAAAAAAGUUUUGGCUCGGGAGUAAAAGCACAUUUAGGGGAAGCACAGGAACGUGAGCACAAAAGUGAGCUUCAUGUCUGUUUCGAGGAUCAGAAAAUACAGAGUCAGACACUUGUAGAUCACGUUAGUUAUGGUCUGAUUCCUGCAUCUGCCGAGAGGUCAGUGGAGGGUGAAGCUGCUCUCUGCACUGCCAUCCUCACUGGACGCUUAACUGCACCAGUAGUUUCUGUCGCUGUAGUUACAGACUGAUGUGCACGAUAUAAAGAUGGAGUCUGACAAACUACUGAUGUGGUGGAUCUCACACAAAGAGCACAGAGUUUUUUAUUUUCCUCUAUUCACUGCUAUUGAUAGAAUUACAAGUUAUUUCCAGUCUAGGCACAGCAGGUCUUGCCUCUAAUAUUUAAUAAAUUAUUUCGAAUACUGUUCAAGUGAAUAGGAUAUUGUGAUAUUUAAUAUUUAUUAUUGAAGAGCCCAACUCCAGGGUCUUUUUGUAUCGUCCAUGUGUCGGCUGUGUUGCAUUACGUGCCACAGAGCAACUUCUAGAGCUUAACUCAGUUACUGCGAUUAUCUCAACAAAGGUAGAGUAAUAGUGUAUUUUAUUUUAUGUGCAGAUAGUCUUUAUGUGAGCAAACCAUAGUUAUAUUUAUAGUAUUUAAGAUGAUGUAUUUAAUCUGUACAUAUUGAUGUACAUUCUGAUGAAUUCACACUGAGCAUCUAUAGUAAGAGUGACAGGAUGUAAACUUGAGCUGUAAAUAAUAAUUGUAUAUUUUGAGAUAUUUUUGAUUUUUGUACUGUAGGUAAUGUUACUUUAGAGUCUGUUGAUUUGUGGUGUUAGUGUGUGGUUGUUCUCAAUCCAAAUAGCUGAGUGACUGUGACUGUGUGUGUAUCCGAGUGUGUGUGCGUGUGUGUGUGUAAAUGUAGGUUUUUGAUGUUUAAAUGUGUGGUUUCUUUCUCCUCUGUCAGUGUUGUGUGCUGCUGAUCUAAUCCGGUAGAUUAAAUCCUGUUGUUACAGUGACCUGGGACCUCUAAUGUAAGCAAUCUCUUCUUAUUGUUUCUCACUGGAGCUGCGGUGGUUUCCAGCACAAAACUGGCAACACCAUCACGAAGGAAUGUUCGACUGUAACAGAACGUCAGAAACUUUAGUUUUUUGGACCGGAAAUUAAAAUCACCACUUUUAUGAAACAGAAA